CUAUUAUAAAGAGAAGUUCUCUAUCCUUACUCGAUCUGAACUAUCUUUGGUCGAAUUGUGAACUAUAGUUUUCUUGACGCUAAAGAAACAAACUACUAUAUCAAAAGGAGGACGACAAAACUGAGGCAGUAGAGUAAAACAAGAAGGUGGCAAUGGCUUCCGAAAAUAGUUCAUCUAGUCCAGAAAGUCCCAUGUUACAGUCAGCAUCACUGUCCGGCGGUGGCGAUGAAAGAGACAUUUCAUCAAACAGGUGGAGGGCAAAAGUGAUCGACGUAAAAGAAGCUUAGAAUCAGUUGCUGUUUUCGUUACCGAUGAUUGUGGUGAACAGUUGUUUCUGUUUCAUUAACCUUGUGUCUGUCUCGCUGGUCAUCUUGGCAAGCUUGAACUCGCUGCAUCAAAUCUUGCUAAUUCCUGGGCUAUGGUUACUGGUUUCUCUUUCAUGUAGCAAAACUCGAUUGAAGAAUCAGCGCACCAGACAUAUGUAUCCUCAAAUAUCUUUCUCGGUGAUAUAUAGAUACAUAUAUCACGUUUUGCUUCUCUAUUUUUUAUUUGCAAAUUUGGCUUUUUUGAUUUGCUAUUCGUAUAUUUUUUUUUAAUUUCUAUGUGCAUAUACAUGGGAUAGUCAGUAGCAAAAUCCAGUAUUUAACUUGCAGAUUUCCGUUAAAUUGUAUAUUUUAGGUCUCUUUUUUUUUAACUCAAUUAUUUUCUUAUAUUUGUUUGGAUCCCUAAAAUUCAAGGCAUAUAUGAAGAGAAGGAAUGCAAGGUAAGUACAUCGAUCACUUUUAAUUUGUCCUUUAAGAUGACACUUAUUUUACUUAUACAUGUGGAUACAUAUAUUUGACAAUAACAUUUUUAGAUCUGGUCAAACUCGGAUUCUUCGAAAGAUACACGAAAAACUUGAUUAUUAGAAUUCAAGGGUUUAUAUUCAGUAGUAAACUUUUCGUUCUUUUCGUUCUUCACAAGCAAUUUUUCACUUUUCGUUCUUUUUGCUUCUUUCUUUUCUGUUAUAAAUUGUUCAAUAAAACAUGAAAUACACUACUAAGAAUCGAGUUUCAUCUAUCAUACCAUAAUGAAUUACAUUCUGCGUUAAGUUAAGUUACAAGAGACUCUGUUGUACUUUGUUGAAAUUUAAGGUCUUGCUUGAAACUUUAUAAAUUCUUGAAACUGUACCAACGCAUACAAAAUGUCAUCUAUUCUGAUUUUUCAGAUGUGGAAUGAUUAUCAUAUAAAAGUUCUACAAUCGUUAUCUCCAGAAACUAUAGAACAAUGCAUAUGAAUAUACACAUAUAUUCUUCAUUUUCACUUUUACCUUUCACUUUUUUUUUUCUUGGGAGAAUGAACAGCGUCGUGAAAAUAUACUUUGUAGACUAGAAAAAUAACUUGACAGCAUUACAUCGUUCCAUUUUGCUGAUAUGUGAAUGUGUAAUCUGACAAAUCUCCCUAAAAUUUUCCAGUCAAAUAGUAAUUUUUUAGUUAUUAAAUUAUCUAUCUAUAUUUGCAGGCAAUCACUUUAUUUAAAUUGUAAAGUUGCAGGAAGAAGGACUAGCAACCAUCAUUUCACUUUUCAUUGGUUGCUUUUAGGUUGGCCUAAGUGGUGCACUUGAGACAUUAUGCGGCCAAGGAUACGGAGCAAAAAUGUACAGAAUGCUGGGGUGCAUCUACAAACAUCUUGCAUCAUAUCAUUCUUCUUUUCUAUAGUGAUUGCUGUUAUCUGGUGGUUUUCUGAUAUAAUUCUGGUUUUACUCCAUCAAGAUCCUGACAUAGCUAAAGAAGCUGGCGUGUUCUUGAGGUUCCUCAUUCCUGGAUUGUUUGCAUAUAGCUUUCUGCAAAACAUCUUAAGAUUUCUUCAGGCACAGUCAAUCAUCAUGCCUCUGGCUUUGUGUUCAGUUGGAUUUUUGGUUAUCCACAUUGGCAUUGCCUAUGCGUUGGUAAAUUGGACAGAUCUUGCUUUCAAAGGAGCAGCAUUAGCAGCUUCAAUUUCGAUCUGGAUCUCACUCCUCACUUUGGGUAUAUACGUGCUUUUCUCCAAGAGAUUCAGCCAUAUAAGGCCAAAUUGUUUCUCAUUUGAGCCAUUUCGUCAUAUUUUAACAAACUUGAAGUUGGCUUUGCCCUCUGCUGCCAUGGUGUGUUUGGAGUACUGGGCUUUUGAGCUACUUGUGUUAUUGGCUGGUUUGAUGCCAAACUCAGGAACAAAUACUUCCGUUGUUGCAAUGUGUGUAAAUACGCAAAACAUUGCCUACAUGAUAUCUUAUGGUCUGAGUGCAGCUGCGAGCACCAGAGUGGCAAACGAGUUAGGAGCUGGAAAUACUGACAGAGCUAAGAAUGCUAUGGUGUGACUAGGGGAUGCGGAUGGCAGCAUUUGGCUAUGUACAUCAACUUGGCAACUUUCUAUUUCAUUGGCAUGCCAAUAGCUGGUCUUCUUGCUUUCAAGUUCAAACUACAUGCUCAGGGCUUAUGGUUGGGCUUGAUUUCUGGUCUAGCCUGUCAAUCUUUGGGCAUGUUGCUACUGACUUUUUUGACAUAAUGGGGGAAAGUAGAGGUCUCACCAAAUAAUAAUGAAGAAAAUGAACUUCCAGCCCUAAGCAUGAGUUCAUGAGAAUAACUUGCAAAUCGCCAUUGGUGGUCUUGUUGGCGGCUAUUGAUCGAUGGCUAAUAACUUUUCCUUCAGACUUUGAUAAUUUUUUGAUUAAUUCAUUAGAUUUAUAAUUUUGAAAAUUCGUAACGUGGUGUACAUAAUUCAAAAUAAGUCGCUUUUAGCAGAAUAUGAAAUGCAUGUAAAUUAUCAUAAUGCAGUAUUAAGGAUGGAAGUAGUAUGUAAGUCUCAAAGGAGGAAAAAGCAAUAUUUC